CGCCCCGGGGCUGACCAGCCCGCCCGGGGCCCGCCCCCCGGCGCCCACCAUGUACGCCUUUGUGCGGUUCCUGGAGGACAACGUCUGCUACGCGCUGCCCGUGUCGUGCGUGCGCGAUUUCAGCCCCCGCUCGCGGCUGGAUUUUGACAACCAGAAGGUGUACGCCGUGUACCGCGGGCCGGAGGAGCUGGGCGCCGAGCCCCACAGCCCCCCGCGCGCCCCCCGCGACUGGGGCGCGCUGCUGCUGCACAAGGCCCAGAUCCUGGCGCUGGCAGAAGACAAAUCUGACCUUGAAAACAGUGUGAUGCAGAAGAAAAUAAAAAUCCCCAAACUUUCCCUCAGUCAUGUAGAAGAUGAUGGGGAGGUUAAAGAUUAUGGGGAAGAAGAUUUACAGCUUAGACACAUCAAGAGACCCGAGGGGCGGAAGCCGAGUGAAGUGGCACACAAGAGCAUCGAGGCAGUGGUGGCCCGGCUAGAGAAACAGAACGGUCUGAGCCUGGGCCACAGCACUAGUCCUGAAGAGGUCUUUGUGGAGGCCUCACCGGGCACAGAGGACAUGGACAGUCUGGAGGAUGCAGUCGUGCCCCGGGCUCUGUAUGAGGAGCUGCUGCGCAACUACCAGCAGCAGCAGGAGGAGAUGCGCCACCUCCAGCAGGAGCUGGAGCGGACUCGGAGGCAGCUAGUGCAGCAGGCCAAAAAGCUCAAAGAGUAUGGCGCACUCGUGUCUGAAAUGAAGGAGCUCCGCGACCUCAACCGGAGGCUCCAGGAUGUGCUGCUUCUGCGGCUUGGCAGUGGUCCCGCCAUUGACUUGGAAAAAGUAAAAUCAGAAUGUCUCGAGCCCGAGCCGGAGUUACGGAGCACUUUCAGUGAGGAAGCAAAUACGUCGUCCUAUUACCCCGCUCCUGCACCUGUCAUGGACAAGUAUAUCCUAGACAAUGGCAAGGUCCAUCUGGGAAGCGGGAUUUGGGUUGAUGAGGAAAAAUGGCACCAGCUACAAGUAACCCAAGGAGAUUCCAAGUACACGAAGAACUUGGCAGUCAUGAUUUGGGGAACAGAUGUUCUGAAAAACAGAAGUGUCACAGGAGUCGCCACAAAAAAAAAGAAGGAUGCAAUUCCGAAGCCACCCCUCUCGCCUCAUAAAUUAAGCAUUGUCAGAGAGUGUUUGUAUGACAGAAUAGCACAAGAAACUGUGGAUGAAACUGAAAUUGCACAGAGACUCUCCAAAGUCAACAAGUACAUCUGUGAAAAAAUCAUGGAUAUCAAUAAAUCUUGUAAAAAUGAAGAACGAAGGGAAGCAAAAUACAAUUUGCAAUAAACUUUGGAUUUUUCAUAAAGCCUUUGCAUUUUCCUUGCGUGGCAUGUGUGUCGCGGGCAAUGGUUCCGUCCAAAUCAAAAGCCAUCAAGCAUGGCGAUGUGCAGGCAGGGAGCCAUUAGGGUUUUGGGGUCAGUAGCUUGUUCCAGACUUGGACUUCCUACUUCAGAGAAGGCAAUGGAUUUGCUGAGACACCUACAGAGCAUGACACCACUGCCGGUUUCAUUAUGGGAUGGAAAAGCACUUUUCCAAGCACUGUAAAGCAUCUCUGAGCAGCGCUAUGAACUGAUAUUUUUACCUCCCAAGGACCUCAAUCUCUGUUCCUCUAUUUUGUUCUAUAAUAAAGCUUCAUUCAUUCUUAA